AGCUCAGUCCACCUUCGCGGCCGCUGCUCCGAAAGCCGGAUCGCCCCUGGGCUACCCUCUGCCACGUCGCCAUGGCGGGCCCGGGCCCGGGCGCGGCGCUGGAGACCCCGCGGCAGCUGCUGGGUCGUGUACGCUUCCUGGCGGAGGCAGCGCGGAGCCUCCGAUCCGGGCGGCCGCUCCCGGCGGCGCUGGCUUUCGUGCCGCGCGAGGUGCUCUACAAGCUUUACAAGGACCCGGCGGGACCGUCGCGGGUGUUGCUGCCGGUGUGGGAGGCGGAGGGCCUGGGACUGCGCGUGGGAGCUGCGAACACGACCCCUGGUACCGGCUCCGGGCCCCUACGCGCUGCUCGCAACAGCAUCGAGCUCCGGCGCGGCUCCUGUGUGCGCACCACCGGCGAAGAGUUGUGCAACGGCCAUGGGCUCUGGGUGAAGCUGACCAAGGAGCAACUGGCAGAGCACCUAGGCGACUGCGGGCUGGAGGAAGGCUGGCUCCUGGUGUGCCGCCCGGCAGAAGGCGGGGCCCGCCUCGUACCCAUCGACACUCCCGACCACCUCCAGCGACAGCAACAGCUCUUUGGAGUGGACUACCGCCCGCUGCUCAGGUGGGAACAGGUGGUAGACCUUACAUACUCACAUCGCCUGGGAUCGAGGCCUCAAGCAGCCGAGGCAUACACGGAAGCUGUACAAAGGCUACUCUAUGUGCCCCCGACGUGGACCUACGAGUGCGACGAGGACCUGAUCCAUUUCUUGUACGACCACCUGGGCAAGGAGGAUGAGAACCUGGGUAGCGUGAAGCAGUAUGUGGAGAGCAUAGACGUUUCCUCCUACACGGAGGAGUUCAAUGUGUCCUGCCUGACAGACAGCAAUGCAGACACCUACUGGGAGAGUGAUGGGUCCCAGUGCCAGCACUGGGUGCGGCUUACCAUGAAAAAGGGCACCAUUGUCAAGAAGCUGCUAAUCACAGUUGAUACCACAGAUGACAACUUUAUGCCUAAGCGGGUAGUGGUCUAUGGGGGCGAAGGAGACAACCUGAAGAAGCUGAGUGACGUGAGCAUUGACGAGACCCUGAUCGGGGAUGUCUGUGUCCUGGAGGACAUGACUGUCCACCUCCCAAUCAUUGAGAUCCGCAUCGUCGAAUGCCGAGAUGACGGGAUUGAUGUGCGUCUUCGAGGGGUCAAGAUCAAGUCAUCAAGACAGCGGGAGCUAGGGUUGAAUGCAGACCUAUUCCAGCCCACCAGCCUGGUGCGAUACCCACGCCUGGAAGGCACUGACCCAGAAGUACUAUACCGCAGAGCUGUUCUCCUGCAGAGAUUCAUAAAGAUCCUAGACAGCGUCCUACACCACCUGGUACCUGCCUGGGACCACACGCUGGGCACUUUCAGUGAGAUUAAGCAAGUGAAGCAGUUCCUGCUGCUGUCGCACCAGCGGCCAGGCCUAGUGUCCCAAUGCCUGCGUGACUCAGAGAGCAGCAAGCCCAGUUUUAUGCCACGCCUGUACAUCAACCGGCGCCUUGCCAUGGAGCACCGUGCCUGCCCCUUAAGGGACCCUACCUGCAAGAAUGCUGUCUUCACCCAGGUUUAUGAAGGCCUCAAGCCCUCUGACAAGUAUGAAAAGCCCCUGGACUACAGGUGGCCCAUGCGCUAUGACCAGUGGUGGGAGUGUAAAUUCAUUGCUGAAGGCAUUAUUGACCAAGGGGGUGGUUUCCGGGAUAGCCUGGCAGACAUGUCAGAAGAGCUGUGUCCUAGCUCGGCAGACACCCCUGUGCCUCUGCCCUUCUUUGUGCGCACGGCCAACCAGGGCAAUGGCACGGGUGAGGCCCGGGACAUGUAUGUGCCCAACCCUUCCUGCCGAGACUUUGCCAAGUACGAGUGGAUUGGACAGCUGAUGGGGGCUGCCCUUCGGGGUAAGGAGUUCCUGGUCCUGGCUCUGCCUGGUUUCGUGUGGAAGCAGCUAUCUGGCGAGGAGGUGAGCUGGAGCAAGGACUUCCCAGCUGUGGACUCCGUGCUGGUGAAGCUUCUGGAAGUGAUGGAAGGAAUGGAUAAGGAGACAUUUGAGUUCAAAUUUGGGAAGGAGCUAACAUUCACCACUGUACUGAGUGACCAGCAGGUGGUGGAGCUGAUCCCCGGGGGUGCAGGCAUUGUGGUGGAAUAUGAGGAUCGUUCCCGUUUUAUCCAGCUGGUGCAGAAGGCACGGCUAGAGGAGAGCAAGGAGCAGGUGGCAGCCAUGCAGACAGGUCUGCUGAAGGUGGUGCCGCAGGCUGUCCUGGACUUGCUGACUUGGCAAGAGUUAGAGAAAAAGGUGUGCGGGGACCCAGAGGUCACUGUGGAUGCUCUGCGCAAGCUCACCCGGUUUGAGGACUUCGAGCCAUCUGACACACGGGUGCAGUAUUUCUGGGAGGCACUGAACAACUUCACCAAUGAGGACCGGAGUCGCUUCCUGCGCUUUGUCACAGGCCGCAGCCGGCUGCCUGCACGGAUCUACAUCUACCCGGACAAGCUGGGCGGUGAGACCACAGACGCGCUGCCCGAGUCUUCCACCUGCUCCAGCACCCUUUUCCUACCGCACUAUGCCAGUGCCAAAGUGUGUGAGGAGAAGCUCCGCUAUGCAGCUUACAACUGCGUGGCCAUCGACACUGACAUGAGCCCUUGGGAAGAGUGAGUCGGCGCCGGGGGGCAGCCGUGCGCCCGUAGUAUCCCGCUCGGCCUUGCCUAGGGCAGGACACCUCACCUGGACCAGCUGCGGUCUGCGCUCCUGUUCUGGGCUUGAGCUGAUGCAGUCAGAAAAACUCAGCAGGCACAGGGUUGGAGUAGGGGCGGUGAGUUGCCACAGGUGACUCGGCCCCGCAGGUGCACAAGCCCUGCACGGGCUGGGCCCUGCUUCCGGAGUUAUUUAGUCUUUGUGAGGAGGAACCUUCCACAAGCCCAGCACAAGCUGCCAGGCCUGAGUUACUUGAAGGAGGCCAUCUAGCUCCAAACCCACCAUGGACUUGGCUUCAAUUUUUUUGGCUCCUCUUUUUUUUCAACUUGUCUUUCUUUGGCUUCAGCCUGGACUCAAAACUAAAAACUAUGUAGGAUGGUGGAGGCUCCUCCCCAAACAAGGUGUCAGGGGAUGGGUAGGGAGUGAUAAUGGUCUUUGUCCUUAGUCACCUGCCCCAGGAAUAAAGCAACAACUGAGCACCGCUCCCCAUUUCCUGGUCUGUACCUCCUCUCCCUCCACACUCACGGUGUGAGCUCUCUCCUCCCUUCCUCCAACAUAGUCUCAAUUGACAAGUGCCACUACCUUCCCUGGGUCAGGACCUACAUCCACUUGACAUUAAAUCUUUACUGCCACUAGCGCCCCAUAUUCAUCACAUCUGCCUUACUGCCAGCCUGAUUCCCUGUCUUCUGUCUCACUCCCAAGAUUUUGCACAAAUCUAGUUAUCUCCUCUCUCAAAUCUUCAAUAGCUUCUCUUUACCCAAAUCUAAGAUAAAGCCUAGACUUUAAACCUACUUCUUCUAGGCCUUAGUAGUCCCUGCCCCACCUCUCCCUCCCUCAAGGGCCUCCAUGACACUCCAUCAAAAAAUGUCUUGCACGUGGGAAAAUUGAAUAAAUGGCUGAAUUCAUUCCUUUAGAACAUGUUUAUUGUCUCCUGAGUGAUACUAGAAAAGGCUUUUCCAGGACUUCACGGUCCUGUCAGGAGCCAAGGAAAUGUCUGUCAAGUGGGAGUGGUGGGCUUGUUAGUGGCAAACAUUAAACCUGGAGCUGGGCAGGGAAAUAAGGGCCCCACUACCCAGAAGAGGGUGAAAUAAGCUGGCCUGGCAUCGUCUGGGAUGG